CCCAUAAGAAAAAUUCCAUGUAAAACUAACGCAUAAACCAUUACUGCCCAAGAUUUCAUGGGCAUCUCUUUGUCCGAAAAGCAGAAGACCCGCUUUCUCAAAUUUACCAUUUUGACCUUGCUGUACAUUCAAGUUACGCAUCUGCCUACACGCACACACCCCUAGCACUAGCAGCAGUAAGUAAAAAAGAAACGCCGACCGAUCCCAAUUCUCCGACCAAUCUCCGCCGCCCGAAAUGCCAGCCACCAGCAUCCACAUCACGGCGCUGGACGGGAUCGUCAAUGUCAACUCCCUUUUCACUCUCGCCGUCUUCAUCGGGCUGGCCUGGAACCCCACCGACCCGAGCAACAGCCUAAUCGACCCCAUCCAACAGCCCGGCUGCUCGCCGGGGCCGAAAGUCGCGGAGGAUCUGGUCGCCUUCCACGUCUACUCCUUCAGCUGCUUCCUCUUCUCAAGCCUGGUGGCGCUGGGGCUGAAACAGGCCCUCAGGCUAUCCCGUGGGGCUGCCCACUACAGCAACCGGGCCCUGUGGGUGUUCGACCUUGCCCACGUGAACCAGACGGCGCUUCGGGUCGGGUACGUGGUGUCGGCGGUGGGUUCGGUGUGCGGGUCGGUGUUCCUGAUGCUGGCGUUGGUGAAUGUGGUGCAGAUCAAGCUGGGGAUGCUGGGGUGUGGCGGAAACGGGCACGGGUAUGGGGCGGUGGUGCCUCUGCUCAUUCUGGUGCCUUCUGGGCUUUUCAUUUAUGUUUGUACUGUGUUCUAUGCUUUUACCCGUUAGGAAUUGUGUAGUAAUUUUUUUUUGAAAACGAGAAUUGAAUCUGUUGUAUGAGGAAAUGGCUUUGGAAUAUGUUUCUGGCCUAUAUUUUCCUUUUUAAUGUUAUUGGGAACAUUCUCACUUU